AUGGACAGAAGUUUUCCGAGCGGGACUUUGCCUCUGCCGCUCGUCGACGCCUUCUUCGAGGCGGCGGAGGACGACUUCGCGAGGCGAGGCGCGCCCGAGUCGGAGGAUCUGGCUCCCGACGCGGAGGACCGUCCGCUCCCUCCCGACGCGCUCUUCGUCCUCGUCGCCGUGGACGACGUCGGCGACGACGACGUCUUCCUCCCGCGCGCGGACGACGUCAGCUUCGUCUCGGACAUCGUCGCGGACUUGUUCGACGAGCGCUUCGUGCCGUCCAUCGUCGACGCUCGACGACUUUCGACGACGACGACGGAUUCGAUGGAUUGA